GUUUGGAAGAAUUUUAGGAAAAAUGCUCAACUUGAAGAAGAAAAGCAUUUGAUUGAAUAUGUUCUCAGCAAAUCUGAUAAUUCGAAAUCCGAUAAUUUUUUUAAAUUGCGAACCUUUUUAUCAUCGUUUAUUGGCUGUUUGUGCAUUGUUGCUUGCGGCAUUGUUCCCGCAUUUAUUUUACCUACUGAAAGUAAUGUUUUUCGACAAACUGAAGCUGGGCAGCGUAAACUCAAUUUACUAUUAAGUUUUGCUGUGGGCAGUUUGUUGGGUGAUGUUUUUCUGCAUUUGCUUCCUGAAGCUUGGGCAGACUCAAAGGCUGACAAAUUUGCAACCGGAAUUUGGAUUUUAAUCGGCCUUUUAUCCUGUUUUAUUAUUGAGAAAUGUUGUACGACGACAGAAGACAGCCAAAGGAAGGCUUGUGCAAUUGUGAAUUUAAUUGCUAAUUUUAUUGACAAUUUUACUCAUGGACUUGCCGUUGGAGGAUCAUUUGUGAUAAGUCAUAAGUUGGGCAUUCUGACUACAUUCGCAAUUAUCAUUCAUGAACUUCCUCACGAAAUUAGUGAUUUUGCAAUCUUACUUCGAGGUAAUUUUGGAAAAUGGACGGCUAUUAAAGCUCAGUUAGUGACGGCAACGGGCGGAAUUUUUGGUGCAUCUGUCGCCUUAUUUUUUCAUGUUGGAAGUGGAAUGGAUGGUAUUGUUCAACAUAUAUUACCUUUUACGGCUGGUGGUUUUCUUAAUAUAGCGUUGGCACAAAUAUUACCCGAAUUGUUGCAAGAAUCAAACCCAAAGGAAAGUAUGUUACAAUUGCUUUUGCUAUUUGGUGGCGUAGCUGUGAUGGGAGUUUUAGGCCAAUUCUGCUAA